AUGGUGGGCCGGAACAGCGCCAUCGCCGCCGGCGUGUGCGGGGCCCUCUUCAUCGGCUACUGCAUCUACUUUGACCGCAAGAGACGGAGUGACCCCAACUUCAAGAACCGGCUGCGAGAACGAAGGAAGAAACAGAAGCUGGCCAAGGAGAGGGCUGGGCUCUCCAAGUUACCUGACCUUAAAGAUGCUGAGGCUGUUCAGAAAUUCUUCCUUGAAGAAAUACAGCUGGGGGAAGAGUUACUAGCUCAAGGCGAAUAUGAGAAGGGUGUGGACCACCUGACCAACGCCAUCGCCGUGUGCGGCCAGCCCCAGCAGCUGCUGCAGGUGUUACAGCAAACUCUCCCGCCACCAGUGUUCCAGAUGCUGCUGACGAAGCUGCCAACCAUUAGCCAGAGAAUUGUAAGUGCUCAGAGCUUGGCUGAGGAUGAUGUGGAAUGA